AUGACAAAAUUUUUGUUUUUAUUUGGUACCCUGUUGGCUGUUAUACACCUGGGCCAGGCAGGAUUUGCUGGUCAUCAAUUAGGCUAUAGCCUUGGCUUUGGUGCCCCCCCUGCACCAUUUGCCACUCCAGCUCCAAUUGACUUUGGCACUACGGCUUAUGCGGGACCAUUGCCAGCAGCUCCGCUGAGUGUUAAUACUUAUGCCACAACAUCCCAUCAUACUUACACAUCAGCUACUCCAGGACCAGUGGUCAAAUAUCAUGCCUUUGGGAAUCCCAUCAGGGCCUAUGCGCUGGGUCCCAGCAUUGCAAAGUUUGGACAUCUACCCUCUGCUUAUUCAUUUGAACCUGCUGCCUAUGGUGGAGGUGGUCCAGUGUCAUAUGAGUUUUCACAGCCUUCCGAAUCAUAUGGAGGCUGGAGCACUCCAGCAGCGGCAGCGGUUAAUUUUGCAGCACCUGUAGCAGCAGUGGGGAGAUUUGAAGCCCCCAGGACAGUGGUUAAAUUUGGGAGACCCAUAACCACAACCACUACGACAUAUGCAACAGGGGGUGUAGGGGUGGGGGGAGCAGUGCCAGCACUUCAGGCAUAUGCUACACCCUUUGCAGGUCCUGUGGGUUGGUGA